ACACACGUAUAUGUAUAUAGCAUAUUUGGGGAUAUCGCGUGGGAAUUGAAGACGAGAAGGAAGAAGCGGUGAUGGACAUUGACGAUGAAGUGGUGAUAAUUGGGGCAGGAAUUUGUGGACUAGCGACGGCCCUCGCUCUUCACAGAAAAGGUAUAAACAACGUAGUAAUGGAGAGAUCGGAAACUUUGAGAAACACCACCGGAGCAGCAAUCGGAAUCCGCCAAAAUGGGUGGCGAGCUCUGGAUCAGCUUGGCGUCGCUGAAACCCUCCGCCGCACUGCUAUCCUUAUUCACAGGGAUCGAACCGUAUCACUCGAUGACGGAAAGGUCCAUGAAAUCUUGAUGAAAGGCGAAUUUCGUUGCUUGAGAAGAAAGGAUCUUAUAGAUACUCUUUAUGAUGAACUUCCUUCGACCACCGUCAAGUUCGGGUGCCAACUUGAAUCGAUAAAAUUGGACCCAAAUACUAGUAAACCAGUUCUUCGGUUUAGCGAUGGGAGCGCCAUUCUCGCUAAGGUUCUAAUUGGUUGUGACGGAGGCAAGUCAAUCGUUGCCGACUUCCUCAACGUGAAGCCUACGAAGAAAUUCUCAUUUUGUGCAGUCAGAGGUUUAUCGAACUACCCGAAUGGUCAUUCUUUUGACCAUGACUUUGUGCGUAUCACAAAAGACAACAAGUUUUUGGGAAUAAUUCCGAUUGACGAUCACAGUGUGUACUGGACUUGUGCACAUCCCUACGUUCCUAGAGAUGAAAGAAUUUGGGAAGAUCUUGAAGUAAUAAGACGAUCAUCCCUCGAUUUGCUAAGCGACUAUCCACGAGAAAUUCAAGAAAUGAUCGAAAUCACAGACGCAAAGUCAUUAUGGUUUUCACACAUAAGGUAUCGCACACCAUGGGACUUGUUAAUGGGGACGUUCUGUAAAGGACCGGUGACGGUUGCUGGAGACGCUAUGCACGUCAUGGGUCCGUUUCUCGGGCAAGGUGGUUCAGCCGGUUUAGAGGAUGCGGUCGUGCUGGCUAGAAACUUGGCUCAAAGGGGUUCGAUCCAGAUUGAAAAUGGGAGAAAGGUAACGGUUCAGGGAGUUGAGGGAGCGUUUCAUUUGUAUGUGAAACAACGGAAGAUGAGGGUGGUUCGAUUGUCGUUGCAGACUUACCUCACCGGCAUGCUAACGGGAACUUCUUCGCGUCUAAGGAAGUUUAUAUAUAUCGUGCUAUUGUUUCUUCUUUUUCGCAACCCGAGCGAUCAUAUGGAUUACGAUUGUGGUCGUCUUUGAUCAUCGAUCGGUUCGGAGAUUGUUUUGACUAAGCGUGUUUAUUUAUAGGAUUAUUGCCAACACACGAACCGGAAUAAGAUGUGUAGCUUGUAUGUAUGUUUGAUGAUAUAUCACUGCAAUAAAAUUGGGUUUAU